CUUACUACUCCGAGGAUGGCUACGAGUGAUCUGAAUGUGUAUUAUAUUGUUCCGAGAGCGGCGGCGCACUUGCAGGUAGACCACUCGCCGGAGAAGACCACCGAUAAAAACGCUCCAACAUGCCCAAGUGCCCCAGGUGCGAUAAGGAAGUUUACUUUGCCGAGAAAAAAACUUCCCUCGGCAAGGACUGGCACGCAUUCUGCUUGAAAUGUGAGAAGUGCAAAAAAGUUUUGCAGCCAGGUAGUCACGCCGAGCACGAAGGCAAGCCCUAUUGCAACAAUCCCUGCUACAGCGCCUUGUUUGGACCUGGAGGCUUUGGCCGAGGUGGUGCCGAGAGCUACAAGUUCAACUAGUGCGAGCAACACAUUCCACCAGCAGAUUUCUAAAAAAUUCCCAAAAAAGAGAGUCAAUCAACGAGUAUACCUGAAAUAUGAUACCUGACGGUGGAUUAUCAAGAUUCAUACAUUAAAAUAUUUUUCAAAUUUUAUAUUUAUUAGUGUAUUUUGAAUUUUUCAAAAAGGUAGCCAAACCACUAAUUCACAGUCACAAAGGAACAGCAAUACAGUUGUGUGUCAUUUUGCCUAUUGCAUUAAACAAACGAAGCCAUAUUAAGGCCAACCUCAUUCCCCGACAAAGGCGUUAGAUUUUUAUUUCAAACAUUCCUCGAGCAAUGCCCCGCCGACAAGUCAAAGGUUUGAAGGCCUUUCAAGUGAAAUGAAAGGAGGGAGAGAGUCUUCUCCCAUCGAUUUUUUUUUCUUGGUGCUUCUGUACGUAAAUAAAAACAUUUUGAAGCACUGGUAUUGCCUCUGUUACGGCGCACAGAUUAUUACUAUGCUUUCAUUUUCCUCGCUCGAUUUGCUUUAUCGCUUUAGAUAUAUAUUUUAUCAUUUUUGUUAAAAAAAAAAAAAAAAAUAGAGAAAA